UUCUUCAUUCACUCCCACUACUCCCUCUCUCUCUCUCUCUGUGUCACACUGUCACCGUUUCCCUCACUACCGGCGGCGCCGACUCACUCGCCGUCUCCGCCACCGUCUUUCUCAGUUCAAGGUUCAUCCACUUGAAAGACUUAAGCUCAGCUGUUCGGCAAUCCAAUCCAGCUCAACGUCACAACCAUUUUUUACUUUUAUUUUUAGUGAGAGAAAGAAGAGAGAGAGAGAGAAUGGCCACUGCUGGUGCUGCCAUGUGCUUCACACUGAGCAAGCCCUCAACUGGCCUCUUCCCAAACUCAUUCUCUUCUUCCUCCAACUCUUCAAGGUUUAGGGUUUUUACUGUCAAAUGCUCUGCUGACAUUUCCGCCCCUGAAAGACCUUGGAAGGUUUCAGAUGCUAGAUUAGUGCUUGAAGAUGGUUCAGUAUGGAAAGCUAAGUCCUUUGGUGCUUCGGGAACCCAAGUGGGUGAAGUGGUAUUCAAUACAUCUUUAACUGGGUAUCAAGAAAUUCUAACUGAUCCUAGCUAUGCUGGUCAGUUUGUCUUAAUGACAAAUCCACACAUUGGAAAUACUGGUGUAAAUUUUGAUGAUGAAGAAUCAACACAAUGCUUUCUUGGUGGCCUUGUGAUCAGAAGUUUAAGUAUCAGUACUUCAAAUUGGAGAUGCAAGGAAACACUAGGUGAUUAUUUAGCAGAAAGGAACAUCAUGGGAAUUUAUGAUGUGGACACACGUGCAAUUACCCGCAGAUUAAGGGAAGAUGGAAGCCUUAUUGGUGUCUUGAGCACAGAAAAAUCUAAAACAGAUGAGGAACUAUUGCAAAUGUCGCGAUCAUGGGACAUUGUUGGCAUUGAUUUAAUCAGUGGUGUUUCAUGCAAGGCCCCUUAUGAAUGGGUUGAUGAAACAAAUUCAGAGUGGGCUUUUAACUCUAGUCGAGAUGGAGAAGCAUUUCGUGUUGUUGCAUAUGAUUUUGGAAUCAAGCAUAAUAUCCUUAAGCGCUUAGCAUCUUAUGGCUGUAAUAUUACUGUUGUGCCAUCAACGUGGCCAGCAUCUGAGGUGUUAAAGUUGAAUCCAGAUGGGGUGCUGUUCAGCAAUGGUCCUGGAGACCCAUCAGCAGUUCCCUAUGCUGUUGAAACUGUAAAGGAAAUAAUUGGAAAGGUUCCUGUUUUUGGGAUCUGCAUGGGUCAUCAGCUGCUUGGCCAGGCCUUAGGUGGUAAAACCUUUAAAAUGAAGUUUGGUCACCAUGGAGGAAAUCAUCCAGUUCGUAAUCUACGUAGUGGUCAUGUUGAGAUUAGUGCUCAGAAUCACAACUAUGCGGUGGACCCUGCAUCACUGCCAGAAGGUGUUGAAGUCACUCAUGUAAAUCUCAACGAUGGAAGCUGUGCUGGUCUUGCUUAUCCUGCUAAAAACAUUAUGUCUCUUCAGUAUCACCCUGAAGCAUCACCAGGGCCUCAUGAUUCAGACAAUGCUUUUAGAGAAUUCGUGGAGCUAAUGAAGAAAACAAGACAUGCUUAAAAGAGAACAUCUAGUGUUUGUGUGAUUGAUUUAUGUUGAGGUGGGAAAAGGCUCACCAUUAUUUCAAGGCUCUUAUGUGGAGAGUAGCAGUAGAGAAAGAAUGGUUUACUUUCUCUGUUUUUCUUUUCUUUUUUCCGGUCAACAAUUUUUUUGCUUGUAUUGAAAAAAUAGUAGAGAUAAAACAACUUAAUUUGGUCCUUAAUAAUUAUGGUCAGUUGUAACAUUGUAGUUUGUUUGCUUGUAUUAAGUGACAUUGGAUAAGGAUUAACAUGAAUUAUUAUAAAACAUUAUUAGCCAA